AUGGAUCCAAUCCCUUUAGGGGUACCACAUGACUGGGGCAACUCAAGCUUGAGUAUCCAACUCAAUGCAACUGGGGGCAACGGCUGGGUCGCAGUUUUCCUCUGCUUGAUCAUCAUAAUCACGACAGCGGGUAACUUUAUUCUCAUCCUCUUGAUCUUUAGCCAGGACAACCUGAGGAGCACUUCCAACUACUUUUUGGUGUCGCUUUUCAUGUCCGAUCUCAUGGUGGGUCUGGUCGUCAUGCCACCGGCAAUGCUCAAUGAGCUUUACGGACGCUGGGUUCUGCUACGAGGUUUCUGCCUCAUCUGGGUGUCCUUCGACGUGAUGUGCUGUAGCGCCUCCAUUCUUAACCUGUGUGUGAUCAGUCUGGACCGCUACCUGCUGAUCACUUCGCCGCUCCAAUACAAACUGCACAUGACACCCGGCCGGGCGCUGCUGCUCAUCUUGGCUGCCUGGACACUGGCAGCGCUUGCCUCAUUUUUGCCUAUUGAAAUGGGAUGGCAUGAACCCGGCUUGGAGUUGCCUUCUGCUGUUCAGACAUCAGCAGGUGAAGAUGACGAGCAGUGCCGCCUCCUGGUCAGCUUACCCUUUGCGCUCAUCGCUUCCUGUCUCACCUUCUUCCUCCCUUCAGUGGCCAUCUCCUUUACGUAUUGGAGGAUCCUGCGCGCCGCCCGAAGUGCAGCCAGACGCGUGGCAUCGCUGCCGAGCACAGUGGCCGAACAGGGGCAGGCUUCAAAAAUAACAAGCCAGUUUACCUGUGAAAGCCGAAGACUGGCCAACACACACAGCAGGAAAGCACUAAAGGCCAGUCUGACACUGGGAGUUCUACUGGGAAUGUUUUUUGCAGCCUGGCUACCAUUCUUUGUGGCAAACAUGGUUCAGGCAGUAUGCGACUGUGUUCCUGGAGUUCUGUUCAAUGUCCUUACUUGGCUUGGAUACUGCAACAGCACUAUGAACCCCAUCAUCUACCCUUUGUUCAUGAGAGACUUCAAGAGGGCCAUGGCUCACUACAUGCCAUGUUGUCCUCGGGCAAGGGAGCGCCACCAUAGUAUGAUGUCUCUGUCUAUGAAGAACUCCAAUAGUGGAAGAGCUUUGAAAAGCACAGUGGUUGUGCCCGGAGAUACAGAAUCCCUCAACUCUGAUCCUACAACUCUGCGACCUACCAACAAAGAGCUUGUGGCCACCGGUGCAGACUCAGUCAAAUUGAUUGACCUGGAAUGUACAGCACAUGAGUUACUGCCCUGUCAACUAAUGGACCUUGAGUGAAAAAUGGUCUGUGAAUUCAGCUGCCUGGCUUAAUAAAUUACA